AUGGAGGGAAGUGAUCUGAACUACUACUUCAACUGGAUCAAAAGCCAGCUGAGUUCCCAGAACCUACAUGGUACAGGUCCAGAUACAUGCACGGGAGCAGUGACAAUCUCUCCCACUGAAAGCUCCCAGUACGUCCAGUGUGUCGCUGGAUGUCUCCAGCUGAUGCUAAGAGUGAAUGAGUAUAGGUUUGCCUGGGUGGAAGCUGAUGGUGUAAACUGUAUCACGGCUGUCCUCAGCAACAAAUGUGGGUUCCAGCUCCAGUAUCAGAUGGUUUUCUGCGUGUGGCUGUUGGCCUUCAGUCCACAGCUCUGUGAACAGUUGAGACGCUACAACGUGGUUCCGGCUCUUUCCGACAUCCUGCAGGAGUCUGUCAAAGAGAAGGUCACACGCAUCAUCCUGGCUGCAUUCAGGAACCUUCUGGAGAAGUCCGCUGAGCGAGAGACGCGUCAGGAGUACGCCCUGGCCAUGAUCCAGUGUAAAGUGCUGAAGCAGCUGGAGAACCUGGAGCAGCAGAAGUACGACGACGAGGAUAUCACUGAAGACAUCAAGUUUCUGCUGGAGAGGCUUGGAGAGAGUGUGCAGGACCUCAGCUCCUUUGACGAGUACAGCUCUGAACUCAAGUCCGGCCGCCUGGAGUGGAGCCCUGUGCACAAGUCUGAGAAAUUCUGGCGUGAAAAUGCUGUCCGCCUGAACGAGAAAAACUACGAGCUCCUCAAGAUCCUGACCCGGCUGCUGGAGGUGUCUGACGACCCACAGGUCAUCGCGGUGGCGGCACACGACGUCGGGGAGUAUGUGCGGCACUAUCCACGCGGGAAACGAGUGAUUGAGCAGCUGGGAGGCAAACAGCUGGUGAUGAACCAUAUGCACCAUGAGGAUCAGCUCGUUCGAUACAAUGCUCUGUUGGCCGUGCAGAAGCUUAUGGUCCACAACUGGGAAUACUUGGGCCGGCAGCUCCAGACCACGGAUCAACAGCAGGCUCCCGCUGUGGCUGCUAGAAGUUAA